AAAAGGGCUGUCGUCGUCAGAAAGGCGUCAGAGCGAACGGGUGCGAUGGAUUGCGCGUUCGCUGAAAAGGCCGACAGAGAACGAUGAGUGAACUAGGGCUCUUGCAACCGUGCCAUGGGGGCGACAAAGAAGAUAAGAUAUUUGAAAAGAGACCGGUCAAUCCAGACAGGCGUCGGUUGUACGACACCAGCGCGGGAAAAAUAAAAGAGAACUGAUUCAAUGUUUGAAGAGGGGAGGGAGUUAAGUUGUUUGGUGUUGGUCGGUGGAGCCCGCGGAUUCGGGAGUGACGACGGCCUUUUUGGUGGCGUCAAAUUGUCAAUUCUUCCCGAUCAACAUCCCUACACAUACUUGAGUACAUCCAGGCAUCGGCACAUCCCAUGCACCAGAGACGCGGCCAGCUGGCUCUUGGUUGCUUCUUAUAGAUCCCGGGGUCCAGAAGUGGCUGUUCAAUCCGGCCAACUGACGUCUUGGAAAUGGUCAGCCAGUUCCUUUCGCUAUGCUGACGCCAAUUUGCGUGCUUGCCUUAGAUUACCAUCAGCGCUGCGAUUCUCUGUCUGAAACGGGACCCCGCGUUGCGAAACACCGUAGUCUUUUCUAAUUAAAACUCCAUCUGAGUGUGCUAUAAACCUGAAUAGCAGUAUCUGGUUCA